AUGUCCUCUGCUGACAUGACUCCUAAUUCCCGGAAUCCGCGUGCCCACAGGACAGACAUCCAACUCCUCAAUCAGCGGCGGAGGAACUUCCAGUCGCGUGUAUCAUCAACGGUCGCCCAUGAACUUAUCUUUGUCGCCAACUACGCUCACGACGCCACCUCUGAAAGGAACGUGCAAAGGAGUAUGGAUUUCUGCGCCGCUGUCGGCGACGAUAUUGACCUCAUCAUGAACACGGAGAAGACGGUGGUCAUGCAUCAACGUGAGCGGCGCUCAAAUGCAAACUGCAAACAACAUCACCUACCUGGGCAGCACCCUUUCUGGCCAACCGGAUCUUCAAAGCCAGAUAAGCCUUCGGCCGCCUACACAACACUAUCUAAGAGUGUUACGGUCUUCCUCUUAGCGCCAAAACAGUCAUCCUGCCGAUGCUGCUAUUCGGAACGGAGACCUGGACGACGUAAAAAAAGCAGGCGCGGAGGCUUAGUUACUUCCACCUCAACUGUCUUCCACUGAUACUGAAACUGACGUGGCAAGACCGGAUCCCGGACACAGACGUGCUGGAACGUACGGGAAUCCUCGACAUCCACGCCAGGUUGAGACAAGUACAACUGUCCUGGAGCGGUCGUCACGUGCGGAUGGACAACGAGCAGAUGUUGUCACGAGUGUUCUCGGCCAAGGAUGGUAAGCACGAUGCUACAAGGAAACUCUAGGGACUUCCAUGAAGCGUCUACAGGUCAAUCCAGCAAUCUGGGAAGAGCUAGCCCGCACCGACCGGCCUGUAGGAGGAUAGUGAAGAGAGGCGACUUAUGAACCCAACCUUAUCAGCGUUGCCAAAACCAAAUGAGAAGCUCGCAAAUCUCAACUGCGUCCACCUUACAACCCCAACAACCAACGGUCACGGACUUGCCCAUGAUGUCGGCAAACGUUCUGGACGUCAAUCGGUCUCAGUGGAUCUCUCCGAACCAACUGCAGCACCCGGACCGCACCAACUGCUGUCUCCCCGUCCACGCUCCACACGUCGACAACCAACCCUAUCGGCGCUCCUGAUCUCCCUUUGUCAUGUUCUACCACCUCAAUAUUCGCUGCGGCGGCUCCUACCACUACCAGCAAUCAUGACGCACCGUCAAACAUCAAAAUCACCGCCGCCCACACCAGUUGUGUGCACUCGGCCCAAACCCGUCCUCACUGCGACCGCACAUUUACCCCAAACAUCGGCCUGGUCGGUCGCUUGCGGAUCCAUCGCGCAGAGACUGCAAACCAUUGCCUGGAGGGCCGACCUACGCUCGAAGCAUCCGCCCCCACUGUCCCCGCUGCCCCGCAUAUUCACUCACCCAUGGGUGCGCCAGGUCACAUGCAUAUUCACGAGCACGGAAAUCGGCACACCACCACUUGCGCAUCCAUGGCACAGAGACUGUCGAACCAGUGCCUGAAGCACCUACACUAGCACAUCCACCUCAACUGCCCUCACUGCAUCCGCAUAUUCUUUCAUUGCAUGGGCCUAUUAAGCCACAUGUGCAUUCACAAAAACCUGCCGUAGAAAACCGCCGACUACACCACGGCAUCACGUUUUCCCUCACCAGUAUCCGCAACAUACGACAGCAUUACCUAUCACAAACCCCCAGUUGUCACCUCUCACGUAAGUGGGAAGUGUGCAUCUCGGCUCCUUCCCCAUGCGGCUCAUCUGCCGCACGUGCGAUCCAAUACAUAAACUGUCUCCGCUCGUCCAGCACCAUGGCCUGAGAGGCUGCUGAUUGAUGUCCCAACUCAAUUCAUGCAGUCUACCAAGUUGUGUGUAUUUAUAUAGAGCCAGGCUGCCGCAGCUCUUUCUCACUGUGACCCCCGGCAUUCUCCCGCAUAUGAGACGUAUGCCGCCCAUUCUCCCUCUUGUGUGGAAUUCUGGUGCUUGUGUUUAGGAGGCCAGGUCUUGCAUGUAACGCGUUCGGACAAGGUCGUUAGACAUGUCAGCCGCCGUGCCCAUUUCACGCACCCGUCAUCUGGCCGGUUGCGGCGCGCUUAGGGUUAUCGUGGUCAGUUAAAAGCCGUGGCUUGGAAGGUUGCCAACUGACGGAUAACUUGGACCAUGCAGUUGGUCCAGUGUCUGUGUGCGUAGAGCGCCCGCCUGGUGGUCUGAUAGUCGCGGUGCAAUGGCUCGUUCAGAAUUUGGCCUUUGUGACACUCCUACUCCACGGAGUCCGAGCUGGGUGUGACGGCAUGCCUAGUGGCGGUUCCGUUCGCGCCAGAUACCUGCUCCCUCCCCCACCUUCGGUUUUCUUCACUAUAUUUUGAUAUCGGGUCAAGGUUUGGGGAGGAGAGGAGGGUGCGGUAGAUGCUUCCCAAGUACACACUCAUUAUGAGGUAAAUCACGCGCAAGUCAAUGUGCUUGCUUUCACCUAGCCAUGGAACACACGGUGGACAUCGUCAGACACGACGGUCAAAAUGUCGUGUGGGUGUGGUAAAAAACCUUAGCAUACUCUGGAACUUGUUCGAGGAAGCAAGCUAUCCUUAAACACCUACGCCUUGCUUCCGGUAAAUAUUGACGAAAAUCAAAUGCUUCGGCAAUGAUCGCGGCAAAAUUCGACAGCUCCACACCGCGAGCGAAUCCUUUUCACUAAGAACAUGUGAUUCCUAACUGUUCACUUCACUUCCUCGGCUUGCAACCACCAGAGGAUUAUAAAUGGGGAAUUGCCUCAUGCCACUUGCUUACAGCAUGUCGUUUCGAUCGUUGAAAUGCGCGAAGUAGCGUUUCAACUUCCUUCAGCAAACUAGUUUUAUAGUUUGGGGGCUAUAGGUAAAGCCGACUCGUUCUCGGAUGUGGACCUCUAUCUAACAUAUACCCUACCACUUAUCUCGGAUAACUAUCGCUGGGGAUUUUGUGAACGGUCCCCGUCUCCAGUAGUUUAGCUAAGCAUUCUAUCACACUGAGGGACACGCCUUCGCAACGUCACCCUUAUGACCCAGAUAGGCGUUAUUGCUGCUUCAGAUGUGCAGUCUGACGAAAAUGUGAACAAAUAUAAUUAUGCCGUAGCUAGCGAAUAUGAUGGCAGAGGCAGUCCUUAUCUUUUGAAGUCGAAAAAAAACUAAAUAUAGAUUUUUGAGGCCUUGGGCGUUGGGUAGAGGGCAGCAGGACUUUGUGCUGUUGUGGCUUCUAGACUUGGAUAAACUAGUGCCCGUGUCAACUAGCGCGACUGAAGAUUUCCGAAACCAGCCGCAUGUAAUCUGCCCGGCCAUUGAGAAGAAAUCGCGUUGUGGACUUACAUUGUUGUCAGUAGGCUUCUUAGAAUAGAAUUACGUAUACUAUUAAUGCGUUGGUUUCUUAAUGCUUUCAUAGAAAUCAUUCCUCUGAUAACGUUAAGAAACCUUGAAAGACGACAACCAAUUGCUUUUUUACACACUCGAAGUCUAUACUUAGUUAUUUAAGAGUACAGCUCUGUGGGCUCGUAAUCCAAUGUCUUAAUACAUUUAGAAUAUUCUGGUAGAGCGAUAUCUACGCAUGGCUGCUGUUCCAAGGAAAUUGCACUUACCAGUGCUUUCUAAAUGCAUAAUGUCGAAAGUUCUGUCGAACUGUCAUAGAUGUUGCACUUAAGCAAGCAAGCUCCGUCGUCCUUUAAAACAUUGCCGAGCAAAAUGCAUAUAAAAGACUGCUAAAGGAUUGUGCAAAAACGAACGACGAUAAGAGAACAUGAUAGAUGCUAGCCUAAAGAGGUAGUUCAGGUCUCUGAUGAGGACCUUCUCGAAUUUUUGCGUUUUCCAUAUGGGAAAUUUCGAAAAGUUGCAAUUUUAAAAGAUUAAAACAUGAUAAACGUCAAACAGCUCCCAUGCAAAAUAUGCGUGCAUGCUUGUAAAGAACCUGGAUAGGACCUCACGCAGAGCAAAACAUUUUCCUUAACAGAACACCAAGUAAUUUGCCUAAAAUUUCGAAUUUAUGGAAGAAUCGUAAACGUUUAAAUGUUUCUUUGUUAGAUGUUCGUAAGCAUGUCCAGUGGUUUACAGGUCUCGUCUGCAUAAAUGGUCGUUAAAAUUGCACGAAAGAUACAUUCAUAAUUACAUUCAGCCAACAUGGUUUUCAGUCUUGCGUUGAUAAUGCAAAGUUGUAAUCGUCACGCCUUACAGCACAGGAUGAGUUUCUCCUGGAUCAGAGUCCAAAAACAAGGCAACCACUUAGAAGCCCAACAAGCCGUUAUUCCUUUUGAGUAUUUCGGCCUCACCAUUAUUAAAGGUGUGGCUCACUAGAGCAGGUUGUUCUGUUACUUUAAAGUCGGCGCCAUUCACAUACAUGGACGUUCAGUUUUUUUGCUUAUGCUAUUACUACACUCAAUACCAAAAAACAUUCCUGGCAAGUAUAACAGUUGCACUAGGUGUCUCAGCCGACUCCGUAAAAAAUCCCGGCUCCAUGCAUCAAGAAUAGGCAAAUUCUGGUUUAAAAAUUAUCCUAAUAUAAUGAGGAAUUUGCUGAAAUUUUUAUUCGUUGGUCGUUAAUCCCUCUUUUAGUUUUACGCAUGCCAUUUGAGGAAAAUAUGCAGGAAGCCAUUUAGUCCAGGAAUGGUUCUAAAAUACUGCGCAGUAUGCUGCCAAAUUACUUGUGGGAUUGCGCGUAAACCUAUGCAGAACACAUUACUACAGUAAUUAGAUCGAGUAUGCUCUCUGCCAGAAGCGUUUUUCAUGAGAUAUAUUAAUAUGCAUGUGAAAGGCGUUUAGAAAGUAAAGUGUAGAGGCGCUCAAACUGAUAAAAAGGAUUUUCAUUGCUUCCCUUUUGUUAUAUGCAGAAAGCAUUAGUUUAUUACCUUUGUGUUACAAGUACGUUAAAUAGAUAGAUCGUUCCAAUUUUGUGAACUUUGUGUCUAAUGUAAAAAUAGUAAACACGCCCGAAUAUGCGUUUUUUGGCACUGUUAAUUCCCAAUGGUGCUUAGUAUGGAAGUGAUCGCUUUGAAGUUACUGUUGUUAACUGUGACCAUAGCGCAGACAGACUUACUACAGCAACUUAUAUAAUUUUUAAACAAGGAAGCAACCCUUAUUACACAAGAAAAUAUUUUCAGGACGAGAUAAAAAGACAGUUGUUAGCGAGCAGUAAUCGCGACGAUAUUAGGUGUAUCAAAAUACAAAUCCGCCUUUUAUUCAAUGCUGACAGUCAGUCGAGUUUCACAACUCGAUCAAAGCUUUCUUCUAAUCAAAGUGAUCUCAUCAAGUAAGACUUUUUCAGAGGACGCACAGACGAGAGGUACCUCCAAAACUUUAGGUCUGCUGUCUUGUGGAAUACAUUGCUUAAAGAGUUCACUAUACCUUCAACUUGGUGUAGCAUGUGUUACUAGCUUAUUUGUGUUGACUUUCGCGGCCAAAGCGGAAAUCGCAUUCACACAAAACUCGCCACGUACUUAAUAUAUAUUCUAUGCAUUGCUCUUUUACCCGUUAUACAGGUCAGUUUUCGUUCCAGACAUCUCGAAGGAAAUUGUGCUUUCCUGGAGUCCUUCGCGCGCUUUCUACACUUGAACAAAACCGUUUAUUUUCAGUUAUUCUCAGGAUCUUUAAGGUUUCCGGAGGGCAGUCCUAAAAUCCGGCCUUAUUUAGAUCGGAGAAAACGCUAUAGAACCUGAGCUAGAUACAUUUUGCACGAUGCCCCUGCAAAUUGUGAGCGCCGUUAUGGAAACUAUGGAAAGGUAAAGGUAUUUUUGAGUACAAAAAGCUUAAUAUGUGUCAAAAUAGAAGAAUACUUUUAAAGAUAAAGGCUCUUUCGUGCUAAAAGAAAUUUUAAAUCUACGUAACCUAUGUAAAAACGAAGUUAGUUUAUAAUGUGUGCGCCAAGUCGUCCAAGCAUUGAAGACCAAUUUGUUCUUUAACGUGCUCAAAGGAAAUUUUGUAAAAAUAGUGAAAAUUAAUACCACAAUCCACAGUAUUUAAACCUUAUCCGAAUGAUUUUUUCGAUUCUGCAGCCUGCUUAUGAAUUUCGGUUAAGUUUUCAUUAGCUUGGCUGCGGAAUAAAAUUAUGUGACCCAGUAAUAGACUAAUUUAGAUUUAUUAACUUGUGCCUUUAAUCAACCCUUACUGCCUACAGAUGGUCAUUGUCUGCACAAAUGAUUGCAAAAUUAUCAGUCUGUGUCCAAAGCAAACUAAAACGCGUGUCUUUAACUCUACUCAGAUCCCAUUAAUAAAGGCUACUCUCAUUUGGCUAUAAGCCGAAGAGUCCCACUCAGGAUUUGCUGCCAGAAAUCCCCUUAUAAUUUAGAGGGUCAAAACGGAAAGAAACGACCAACUUUAACUAGUCGUAGCCUUUUGUAGUGUACAGUGUUGAUAUACUUAUAUUAGAUAGUUGACUGCUUUAACAGCUUCUAAAUGAACUAUGUCUCUGAAAAUGUAGAGUGAUUCUGCUGCUUCACAGCUUAAUUGUGAGUGCGAGGGACAAUAACUCUGUGCUUUGUGCCAAUAUCAGUCCGAGCGCUGAGUGGGUCAGUCUGAGUCAUUUCUCAUAAUAUAAUCCUGUUGUUUUGAUACAAAACGCGCAAGUAAUUGCAAAUAAUGACGUUUACAUGCCUAGAAAGCUCUUCUGUCUAGGUUGACAAUGUUCAGCCGAACGAUCAGCCCUAUUAUGAUUUGCCACUUUAAAGAGAAUGCUGACUCCUGUCUUUGUAAGAUAUAUUUGUACCUUUGCCAUAAAAAUGGAUAUCAGAUAUAUUACUGUCCUCAUGAGGGUUAGCAAUUGACAGUUGACUUAAAGACGUAAAUAUAUUGCCAACAAAACAUAGUAUUUCACAUUUUUUACUUUACGUACAUAACAUGUGAAUUUGUUUUUGUGUAACCUGUUUCUGCUAACCUUGACAAAAUAUGGUCUAUUCCUAAAUGCAAGCUCUUUGAGGUGAAAAAUACCACAGCCAGGUUGAACUUUCCUAUGACUUGAGGUCUGCAAAGACAGCUGACAUAUUGCUUGGAAAUACGCCUUUUUGGUCAGAUGCACUAAACUGGUUUGCAGUUAUUGGCGUUUGCCUCAAAACACCCUCCUUUUAUGUCCAUUUUAUCCAAAAAACAAGCAGCAGAAGGCCUAUAUUUAUUAUGUGUUUUUCAAAAGAAAAAAGGUGAUCACCGUUAAUCAUUUUACUUGAAAAACUUCAUUAAGCGAUGUUUUAGGUGAUCCAUUGUCACAAAGUUUAAAUGAUCGCACUGUAUUUUACAUUAAAAAAAGCCUUGGCAUAGGCCUUAUAGACCAAUAUUACAAACCAAACAGCCAAUCCCCACAAUCCGUCGACAUUUAUAGCGGUGAGCUAAAGAGUCGACAAUAGAACCAUCUUCCGCAAUCACUGACUUUAUACCUAAGUAAAUCCAUCUGUGGAGUACUUAUUUAUAUUCCAUUAGAAACUCACAGGACGCAAACCAGCC